CAUCCGUGAAGAAGGAAACCUGCUCACCGAGAGAAGAGUCUUCAUGUCCCGCGAGCUGCUCGGUGUUUUCACCUUUUCAUUUCCCGGAGCUUGUGCGACACGAUGCGGGAUGUGCGGGACGUGCGGGAUGUUCACCUGGACGAGGACACCUGCAGGAACGGGUCAGGGGUCCGGCUGUGGUGCGGCUCUCAGUCCACAGUGUGUUCGGUCUCCGGAGGUCAAACACCGCUUUACACACACCUGGACAACAGCACACACACUGCAGAUGUGCAGGCGGUCGGCAGCUCCAACCCCUGGCUCGGCCUCACGCUGGCGCUGCUGUCGGCCUUCCUGAUUGGUGGGAGCGUCAUCCUGAAGAAGAAAGCUCUCCUCCGAUUGGCCGACAACGGACACACCAGAGCAGGUGACGGAGGUCACGGCUACCUGAAGGACUGGCUGUGGUGGGGAGGCCUGUUAACCAUGGGAGUCGGAGAGGUCUGUAAUUUUGCCGCCUACAUGUUUGCUCCGGCCACGCUGGUGACGCCGCUGGGCGCUCUGAGUGUCCUCAUCAGUGCAGUUCUGUCUCCCUACCUGUUGGGGGAGGAGCUGAACGUCGUGGGGAAGCUCGGCUGUCUGCUGUGUGUGCUCGGAAGCAUCUUGCUGGUUAUCCACGCCCCACAGGAACAGGAAGUGACAUCACUACAGGACAUGACCAACAAGUUGCUGGAGCCCGGUUUCCUGGUGUACGUGUCAGCGGUGUUGCUGCUGUGUGUCGUGCUCGUGUUGUAUUUCUCUCCUCGGGUCGGCCGCUCCAACAUCCUCGUCUACAUCAGCAUCUGCUCGCUGCUCGGAGCCUUCACCGUUGCCUCCGUGAAAGGCCUCGCCAUCGCCAUCAACACCGUGGUUUAUGAUAUUUCAGUGCUGGCUGAUCCUCUCACCUGGAUCCUGCUGUUGACGCUCAUCGUCUCCAUCAUAACACAGGUGAACUACCUGAACAAGUCUUUGGACACCUUCAACACCCUGCUGGUCUACCCGAUCUACUACGUCCUCUUCACCACCGUGGUUCUGUCCACCUCCAUCAUCCUCUUCCAGGAGUGGAGGAGCAUGGCGGCCGUGGACGUGGUCACCACGCUGGGAGCCUUCCUGGUCAUCGUGGUGGGCGUGGCCAUGCUCCACCUGUUCAAAGAGCUGCAGAUGACGAUGAAGCAGCUGACCAAUCAGCUGUCUGCUCCGGUGGAGAGGGAGGGGCUUGAACAGGAGGUUUCAACCAAUGGACGAGUAGCAGUAGGAGGAGGAGUAAGCAGGAACAAAAAAGAUGAUAAAUACGGACUGAUGGACAACAUGGUGAUAGAGAGUCUGCCUCCUAUGAGAGAGGAAGGACCAAGAGUCUUCAUCAUCAGCUGAAACAGAACGGAGACACAGGUUUGUCCUUCCUGUCUGGACUUCGUAGUUUCUCACUCCGACUGAUAAGUCUAUGUGCACUUUUUUUAAAAAGGCUUCUACUUUCACGGCGUUCCAGUUCAUUGAUAAGGUCCGUCAGCUUUCACACAAAACCGAUCACCUGAACAUACUAAACCUGAAGGAAACUACUUUACACUGAACCACUUCAUACGUCUAAGUAUUGGAUAUUAAAAAAUCUAAAAGCAUCCAACAGAUAUCCAAGACUGAAAUGUGGAUAUUCAAAACGACCACAAAGACACAAAGUGAAUUGAAUUGUUCUCCAGAUGUGACCACUGUACAUUAUCAUUUGAAAGAAAAAGAUGUUUGUGCUACACCUUUUUUAAAUGUUGUUUUCAUUGCACUCACAGCCAGUUACCUAAAUAACCAGCUUCCUGUUUUAGUAUUGUCUUGAUAGGAUUGAAGUAAAAGCAGUUUUUAGACGGCUGAUAAUCACCUGAUGAGGUGCAGCUUUGUUUCUGUACAGCUGCUUAACGUCAUAACGUAAAUGAAUAAUCACCUGCAGGUUGACUCGAGUCACACAAACACCUACACAAGUGUGUAUAUAUACAUAUAUAUAUAUAUAUAUAUAUAUAUAUAUAUGUAUGUGUAUGUAUGUUUGGACUUUUGAUCGAACAAAACCAAACAUUUAAGGAUUUCAUGUUUGGUUUCGUACUUUCACAUUUUUUUUACAUUUCUUUGACAAUUAUUUGACAGUUUGUGACAGUUUGUGACACGUCGUAGUCCAAACAAUUAUUGAUUUUAAUUGAAGAACUUCUGGGCAGAUUAAUGGGGAAAGAAGAUAAUAUGCAGCUUUAGUUUUAAUAUCUGGUGUUUUCUGUUAGUUUGAGUGGAUUUUCUUCUCUUUCGUGGAAGUAAACACGACACGUGGGGCCAUUUUCAGAGAUUAUUAACCGUAAUGUUUCCCGCUCAAAACUAUAAAUUCAUCGUUGAUUUUGAUCUUUUUAUGGAUUUGUUGUUAAAACUCAUUUGUCUUCAUUAUUUCCGCAGCACUUCAUUCACUUUAAUCAUCAUUUUAAAAACAUUUCUUAACCUGUUAACAUUUAAAAUGUCAAACAUCUCUUUAACUUAACUCUUUACAGUAAAUGAAUUAAACUUUAUAUGUUUGUAUUUGUGAGUGUUUUUCUUUUAUGAGUCAAACGUUUGUUUUUAUUGAAGGAAAAAAGAAACACGGAAAGUACUUUUGUUUCUGCGUGAUAACCGCAGACGAGAAAUGUUUCUUUUAAUCUCUCUGCAGCUAAAUGUUUUUCUCCCUGCGAGUUUGUUUAUUAAAAUAAAUUCAAACUAAAUUCUUCCUGAGAGGAAAAAGAACAAACCAAAUUAUGUUUUGGAAAAUUUGCCGCAUUUCUGCUUAUAUGUGAUUUAAACUCGGUUAGUUUUAUUAAUGUUUUCUGAUGCCUUAAACUCACCAAACUUUAUAUUUCCUGUUUUUUUAAAUGUAUAUUUUUAAUGCACAGAUGCUUCAAUAAAGAACAAAAUGUUG